CCGAUUCUGGUAAUCUCCUCUAUCGUCCGUACCCUUUUGAACCGUUUCAUAUAUAAAAUGUCUCUCACACAAACCCAUUUAUAAGCCCUCAAACAAAAACACACACAGGUCAGAAGAAUUAAACCUCAUCAGAAGAUUAAACAGAGAGUUCUAAUAUACAGAGCGAGAAACUAUAAUCAGAGAUGGGUGAGGAAUUUCAAGCUGGGAUUUGUGGUGGGAAUAAUUACUGGUGGAUCAAUAACAACAUGAUGAUGAACUCAACAACGCGAAGUGUUUUCCCUUCGAUGCUGAGUUCAUCUCCGUGUUCUGUGCUCACAGCUAACCACGAUCUUUCUGGAGGAGGCGGAGGUAUGAUUGGCUACAGCACAUGGCAGACGGAUACGGUGGACUUGAAGGCCCCAGACACCGCGGAGGCGACGGCGCCGGCCACCUCUCUGGGGUUUCUCGAUGCAACCACGACGACGAAGCCACUGCUUCAGAAUCAUCAUCAUCAUCAUCAUCAUCAGACUGCAGAACCUGAUAUUGCAGACAAUCAUCAUAAUAAUGGUUCUAUCUUGAUGGAUUCCUCUUCUUUGGAAAUGAUCAUGGGUUGGAAUCAUUCUCUCUUCGGCAAUUCUGUAUCACAAAGCCAAGAUCAGAAGAGAGAGAUGUCGAUGAAGAAUCAAGAUUUAUGUGGUGGUGGUAAUUUCUCAGUUGGGUCAGUUCCAGUUUCUUCAAGUUCGACGUUGAUUCAAAGUUUGUAUGAUAUUCCUCAAGCAGCACAGUCACUUUUCACCAACCCUCCUAUACCACAAUCAUCUUCCAUGGCCUAUUCUUCAAGUACAUCAAAUAAUUAUGGCGCAAUAUCUAAUUCCACUGAUCAAUUCAUGCCUUCACCAACUACUACUACUACUACUUCGUCUUCUUCUUCUUCUUCUUCUUGGUCCAGACCCUCUAAUAAUAACAAUCCCUUCUUGAAGUCUAGUGGUGGUGGCUUGCACUUUUCUAACUGUACUCCUUUCUGGAAUGCUUCUGCUGAAACAACACCCCAUGUUUUUGCUCCUUUAAUUACUGAGAAACCCAAUUUCACAAGCUCUCUCGUACCCAAGCCCAAGAGAGAAGAAGUUUCGGAGUCGGCAAAGAAAGGUUCGUGUGAACCUGCAAUCAAGAAGCAAAGGAUUGAAACCCCAUCGCCAUUACCAACUUUCAAGGUUCGGAAAGAGAAGCUAGGGGACCGAAUCACUGCUCUUCAGCAAUUGGUGUCGCCUUUCGGAAAGACUGACACUGCAUCUGUUCUUCACGAAGCCAUCGACUACAUCAAGUUCCUGCAUGAACAAGUCAGUGUUUUGAGCACUCCUUACAUGAAAAAUGGAGUUCCCAUCCAACACUGCCAGCAGGGUUGUGAAGUGAAGGAGUCAUCGGAAGGGCCAAAACAAGACUUGAAAAGCCGAGGGCUGUGUUUGGUUCCUAUUUCAAGCACAUUCCCAGUGACAAACGAAACACCUGUGGAUUUCUGGACGCCGUCAUUUGGAGGGACACUCAUCAGAUAAAACAACUAAUUAAUUAAACCCCCAAGAAAAAAAGAGGGUAAUUUUAUGAAGAGAGACUUAGUUAUUAUUAUUAUCAUUAUCAUUAUUUUCCUGAGCAGGUUGAGUAUUUUCACUAUUAAAUUCCCACAACUGAUUAUAUAUAAUAAUCAUGAAUUCAGUGAAUUCAAUAGUCCAAAUACUCACACCCCAAUUAGUCAUAUUUUCAUAAAAUUACCCCUUAUAUAUAUAUAUAUAUUUAUCUCUCUGGUUAAUUAAUUAGAGUUUGGGAACAAAAACAAAAGAAAAGAAAUGAGGAAAAGUAAAUGGCCAAAGACUUGGAAGGAGACUGAAGAGAAAAAAGCUGAAGAGAACAAAAGGAAAAGCAGCGAGGAAAGGAAAGAAAAGGAAGUGACCCUUCAAUGCUGGGCCAGGUACAAGCGCGUAUAUGAGAAUGAUGUAGGGACUACCAAAUGAUUAAUUAUAUAAAUCUUUUAUGUAUUAGCUCAGCUAGCUAGGUGCUUUAUGAAUAACACAGGGUAUUAUAUUUGGUGUUAAUUAGUAUAAUUUAUUUUAAGGGGCAGGAACAAGUUUAAAUUCAGCUGGAUUUCACAUUAUUUGUUAGAUUAUUAUGUAUUAGACAUUUUGAUUUUCUUUUUUUGUGGGUUCAAGUGUUUUGUUAGCUAGAGAGAUUUUAUGUGUAAUCAUAUAGCUGAAUUUAGCAGAAGAGGCUAGUAUAUGGCUUUUGUUCCUGUUUAUUAUACAACAUUAUUAUCAUAUCUAAUGUAUUUUUGCACCGUUAAUUAAGUUUAGAGCUUUUUUGCUCGAAAAAAUAA